GAAAUUAUGGUGAUCAGCCGAGGCGGGUUGCUGCGUUGCACUGUAGGUCUAUGAUCACGUUGCGCUCACUAAUCAUGCGAAAACGCCAAGCUCCACAUUCAGCCAACUUUGUCGGCGUCCUCGCAGAUUUCACUCAAUUUACUCUAUGGUCGAUGGCGCUCCGGAGCGGAGGAACUGAACAUAGAGGUGCUCGUGAUUUAUAAUCUCGGAGAAGAGGUUGUUCUGUUCAGAAAGCUGAGUGAUUACCAGGAAGUUCCGAAAAGCCGGCGAAGAUACAACGCAGCGAUGGAUGCUAUAAAGACAAAACGUUUAUGCUUGGACUGAGGCUCAUAGACCCAGACGCUCUUGUUUCCUCAAACGAAUCACCACAGGUCUACGCCAUGUCGACCUACCAGACCGUUCCGACACAGUACACGACUGUCGAUGGCAUCAAAGUUGCCUAUCGACGCCUCGGAAAAGGAGAUGGCGUUCCUCUGGUGUACAUCAAUCACCUCAGAGGUUCCAUGGACACAAUCGAUCCACUCUUUGUCAAAUCGAUUGCCAAGAAUCGCGAGAUCAUCGUCUACGACAGCUUCGGCAUUGGACACAGCGAAGGCACCGUCCCUAAUUCAAUCGAAGGAAUGGCCGACAUCGCUGUCAAGUUCUUGAAAGCUAUUAACGUGAGCCUGGUUGACCUGAUAGGCUUCUCCAUGGGCGGAGGGAUCGCUCAAUAUAUUGCCUGA